CCAGGAUCCUAUAAAUAGGAGGGGACCUAGCAGGGGUCGGACAGAUUGCAGGCGCCCAGCACCCAGCGCUGAUGUCUCACCGAACCAUGGACUGGCUGAUGCUCCUGGGGUGCGUCUCGCUGUGGGCGGGGCUGACGCUGGCUGAAGUGGGGUCGUUCAGUGGCUGCACAGAAUAUUUCUACCAAGAAGCUGAGCCACGUGGCUUUGCCACAAACGACACGGCCGAGAUCUGCCAGAGGUACAAGAAUCGGUACCACUUUGCGACCCUCUAUGACAGGCCCAACCGGAUCCCGCGCUGGUCGGCGUACACCCUGGAUGAUGCUGCCUGCUCAGGGCAGGCCAAGAGGAUGAGCCAGUGGUUUGUGGAGCCCCAGCUGGCUCAUCCGUAUGAGUCCCCAGAAAUGGCGACGGAGGCUCACUCAACACUGACGGUGGACGAGCUGAGAUCCAGCCAGGCCAUCAAUGAGGACUAUGGAGACACGUCAUACGACCGAGGGCACCUGAACCCAAACGCCUUCCAGUGUAAUGCUGGCCGCAAUGCCACCUUCACCCUCACCAACGCCGCCCCCAUGGACCCUUGCUUCAACCGGAUCCACUGGUACAAACUGGAGAAAACUCUCAAGACACAGCUAAAUGUGAGCUGCAGAAGUGUGGGAGGCACCCCCUACCUGGUGACAGGAGCAGUUCCCAGUGACCGUAAGAAAAUCCCCAUAGAGGGGGAGGACAAGGAAGGGGACCGUAACCGGCCAUACAACCGGGUCUCGGUGCCCAGCCACAUCUGGACAGCUGUUUGCUGCAACAAUUCAGACAGCCUCAAAUUCUCCUUCGCCUUCUUAGCAGAGAACCAGGAGGCAUCUAGUCUUCAAAUCAUCCCCGUGGAGCAGCUAAACGCAGAGCUAUCGGGUCUGUACAGGAUUUCUGAGACAGUCAAUGUCUUUGCAGAUGACUGCGGCUCCAGGAGCCAGAAAGGCCAAGAGGUUUUAUUAGCAAUAAAGAAAGCCUUGUACAGUAGCUUCCAGAACUUGCUAAUUGAUUCUUACCCCCAGCUCGUUCCACCAGCGAAGAGGAGUAAACUGGACAGCGAGACCAGCCAGGUGAUGAAAAGCACAAACUUGGAUCAGAACAAGGUGCAGCUGACAGGAAUUAGGUUCCUGGUGGGUAUUUCUAGCCUGGCAGACUGGCACAGACAGUUUGAGAAGAUGUACGAACAGGACGACCUGGCCUGUGUGCUGGCCCCUGCUGGAGUUGCAGUGGCAAAGGCUUCUGGGAUUUCUGACAAAGUCUGUACCCUUCAGGAGCAGAAACACCUGCCGAACUCUGGUGUAACAGCCAAAGGGUGGAGCUGUGUUGGGCAGGCCUGUGGGUAUCAUGAAACCAACUACAGCUGGUGUUACACGUCUGACGAGAAUGACUGGGAUUACUGCUGUACAGAGGAGUGCACAGUGAAUCCAGAGUCUAAACAAUACGAGUGCCCACGAGGAGAUGGUUCCACCACACAAUGCUCACCCCAGUACUCCACAGUGACCGUCUCUGGGAGGGCCUGUCGGGCUGACCAUCCAUGUGGCCUUUAUGAGAAAAGUUACUUCUGGUGCUAUACAGAUUAUCGAGGCAACUGGAAGUACUGCUGCUCCCCCCAGCACUACUGUGGGUCCCAUGACUAUGACUACCAGUGGUGUUACACCCAGGACCCAGAGGCAGCUUGGCAGCACUGCACCCCGUGACAGUCCCACUGGGGAGGGAAGGGCAAGUGGGUGCUUGUCUGACUCCUCCACACCAAAGCAGAGAAGAAAUUAAUCAGCUGCCUUCAUGUAUUAGUGCAAUAGGCCCCGCCCCUCGGCUGCAGCGACUCCACCCACUUCCUCCAUCUGUCUCUUUAGAUUUUAAAAUGUCAUAAAAACAAUCUCCCUCCCACCCAGGAUUUUAGACAGCACCUUCAAGCCAUUUCCACAGGAGAGUCUCUUCCACCGGCUGCCCUGGGUUCAAAGGUCUCCAUGUGACAGGACUGGGCUCCAUUUUUAAAGCCAACUACAGACUUUGGAUUCCCGACUUCAGAUACGUUAAAGAAGGCUGGUUUGUACAAAAUGCUGAGCACCUGGCCUCUCCGAAACAGGCCACCGUAGGGGGACAUUUUUAAACGUGCCUGAGGAGUUUAGGAGCACAAGUCUCAUUAGAAGUCACUGGACAUGAUGCUCCUAAAUCUCCUAGGUGGUUUAAAAUGUAUCUCCUUAAAACGUCUCAUGUUCUGCACCCAAAACACAGGCACCUAAGCUUUGUCAUUAAAAUUGUUUGGGGAAAAAGACAGUGAAGUCAAUGAUGGCAUCAUUCAGAUGGUUUUUAAAAGUCCUUUUGUGCAAGAAUUUUCCACAGAUUUUUUUUUAAAAUCAAAAUUGGUUCAAAUUUUAAGCAGUGAGGGAAUUAGCCAUUGGAGCAACGUACUGGGAAUGUGAUGGAUUUUCUGUCACUUCAGGUCUUUAAAUCAGGCUAGGAUAUCAUGGUAAAAGCUCUGUUCUCAUUCAACAACCCGGUAUUGGCCUCAGUGCAGGAACCACUAGGUGAGGUUCUGUGGCUUGUGUGGAACAGGAGCUCAGACAUGAUGAUUAGAAAGGUCCCUCCUGGCUCAUUGCUGUACAUUAAUCUAUCAAUCGGAUCCGCUUUUACCAAGAUACUCUUGAGUAACUGGGGCCUGCAGAUCACGUGCUGGGAUGUGGCAUGGGUGGCAGGUCAGAAAACGUUGCGAUAACCUGUAACAGUGACGAUUGAUAGGAGGGUUACGAGAAGGGCUCAGAAAGACAGGAUUCGUCCAAACAGAAAUGCAACCCCAGCACUGUAUUAGGAUCAUGACUGAUAAACCAAGGGAGGACAGACCCAGAAAUCAAUUGACCAAACAUGGGGUGUCAGGAAUCAGGAUAAUUAGUGAACGAACUAAUGAGGGGAUUCUCCAUUCCCCCUCCCCCACACAUCCUUUUUAGAGCUUCAAAAGGAGACUUUGGGGACCAGGAAGCGUGGAGUGGACUCCUAGGGGAAAGGCCAGCAGGCCUCUGGUUUGCUCCAGAGACUCUGUCCUUUAUCGGUGAGCCUGGAUCCCCAGGACAUCCAGGCCAGCACCCUGGCGAGGACACUCACUAG